GGAGACUUAAAUACCUGUUUAAGAUCCAAUUUAUCUUAAUAAAUCUGUAGAAUUUCAAAACUUACUGCUCGGGACAACCAACGAUCGAGGACAGUUAGUGAUUUUACUUUUUUUUUCUUCUUCGUUGUGGAUUAAUUUCUUGUGGUUCGGAUGGUUGUAAGCGUUUGCGUUCGAUUAAGCAAAUAAUCAAAGAGGGGAAUGUAUACUAUUCCGCACAAAAGAAGGUGGAAUGUUUAAUGCUUUUAGGCAAAGGACCAGGCGUGAAAAGGGCCUAAUUAGACCAUUCUAUUACAUGCUAAAAUAAUCGCUCUGUGGAGCAGGAAGCACUUUGUGAAUUGUCAUUUCAAUAUCAGUGAAGAGAUUGAUUACUAACAAAAUCCACAACACAGCUGUUUGAUAUCUUCAUCUCGGAAACUCGAGGGAAGGAAGUUAUAAACACUUGUGCCAUGUACUCAAAUAUUUUUUUUAUCUUUCUUCCUCGAGUUUAAGCCGAUUUUACGUUCAGUCGUUGAUCGGGAGUUUCAAAUAUUUGUAUCUCGCUGCGCAUUCUAACCAGUGGUCAUCAGCAGUUCUCCAGAGCAAGCGCAUCAGCUGUUUCAGUGCGCCACUCUCGCUAUAUGAAGCACGGUCAUUUAUCGAAUGGGGAAUUGUAAUGUUGACUGAUGAAUCGAUACAUGAAUUGUUUACCUACAUUUAAGGUGACGAGCUGUGGAUUAGUUUUGAUGGAAGUUUGUUACAAUGCACAUGGGAAUCCAAAGAUCAUAAGAAUUACUCUUCUAUUUUAUUCUGGGCUUGUUUUCGGUGUUGACUGUGUACUUAUCGCAAGGGAAAUUUGGGAAACCACAAAGAAUAGUGUUAGAGGACAGGUAUGGUCACUGAUGACAGGCGGCCCGAUCCUUCCGUCCUCUUCUUAGGUACUGUAUUAAAUAUUAAAUCUCUUAAGAUUAGAAGGUCGGCGAUUCUGUGAUAAAACUAUUAUCAAAUAGUUCUCAAGUUGAACAGUUCUAUAUUUAUUAUGUAUACAUCCCCCACGUUGUAACCUCUCACCUGCAGUGACGAUGAUCCGUUCUUCGCCAACCAAAAACGCCGAAACAUUUCACUGAAGGCGGUUUGCCGUGCUAUAUUGGGAUUUCGCAUUUUCCAAUUUGUGAAAUGUAAGCUAUGUCAGGUGAAUGCGUUUUCUCAUUGCAUCGUGCAAUUACUUGUGUACGCUAAUUCAUGGCUGAUGGAUUAUGUGCAAACAUUUCAUUUCGGUUUUUCUCACUUUUUCCGAUCAGCAAGGGACAAUUAUUAGGAACUGAACGCUUUUACUCAUUUAAUUCAAACUUUCAUGCAUUAAAAAAAAUACGAUUGCACGGUGGUAACUUCUGCUCCUAGCUAUUACAGGACGAGCGCUUUAAACACGGAAAAUAUAAAAGUAAUGAAAAUAUUUACGUACCAGGUUUAAUCAUUUAUAUACACAGGACAUCUCUAUUCAUUGAACUGGAAAAGUUAUAUAGGAAAGCAACAGCGUUCGGUACCGGCAAACUGGAUUCGCUCCGCGAAAGCAUAACUUCCCGUCUCUUCCCGCGGUCUUCUUCAUGUAGGCAAAAACGUUCUAAACGCUCGCCCAAGAUGUCGGGAGAAGAGCAAGCGGGGAGAGCCGGUGCAACCGAACGCAACGAGGAGUACGAGAGGAUGGAGAAGUGGCUGGAUGAUCACCCAGAGUUUACCCAUGAUUAUUUUGCCAGGAAGGCUAAAAGAAGCAUGGUGGAUGGGUGGCUGCUGGCUCAGGCUUUAUCUCACAGUCCAGGACUUAACUUCAAACAGCCAGAGACCAACAAUUCUAGCGGCUCGAAUUCUCGAAAUAAUUCUGGCACCAACACUCCAGUGCGGAAGAUUUCGGCCCAAGAAUUUGAUCGGGGUGAUAUUCUAAAUCCUAUAGUGUCCACAGUGGACGGUGCUCGUACAUUUCUCGGACCUUCGACGUCACAAACGUCGGUCACAAAUAAACAUCACCGACGCCCAAGAACAGAACUGAAAACUCUAGACGAAAAAGAACUUAUGUAUGAAUUAGUAAUUGACAUUUGUAAUGAACUUGAUGUCAACAGCCUGUGUCAUAAAAUAUUACAGAACGUGUGUAUUCUCCUAAAUGCGGACAGGUGUUCAUUGUUUCUGGUUCAUGGGCGCGGGGGUGAGGAGCGGUUUUUGGAGGCGAAACUUUUUGACGUUAGUGCUGAUACAACUCUGGAAGAGGUCUGUGAAAACAGGGAAGCUAUAAGAAUUCCAUGGGGGACAGGGAUCAUAGGCCAUGUGGCGCAGACGGGAGAACUCCUGAACAUUCCGGAUGCCUACAAGGAUCCACGUUUUAACAAUGAAAUUGACCUGCAGAUGGGUUAUCGGACUCGCAGUAUUUUGAGUACACCAAUUAAAGACAGUGACGGGGUAGUCAUAGGCGUGGCUCAGGCUAUAAAUAGGAUCAACAGCAAGGACGAGCCUUUUAAUGCCUAUGAUGAAAAGAUUUUUUCAAACUACAUGGCAUUUUGUGGCAUAGGAUUGAAAAAUGCUCAAUUGUAUGAGAAAUCGCUGCUGGAAAAUAGACGAAAUCAGGUACUGUUGGAUUUGGCAAGAGUGAUAUUUGAAGAGCAGAACAAUGUAGCAAACCUAAUCUACAAGAUAAUGAUGCAUACUCAGUCCCUUCUACAAUGUCAAAGGUGCCAGGUCAUGCUUAUUGAUGACCUCUGCAAGAAGAAUAUCAAACACUGUCCGCUUGGCAUGGGGAUUUUUUCACAAGUCUUUGAUUUGGAGAACACAGAUUUUGAUAACAGUGAUACAUUUAACAGAGAAUGGCCUGCAGAACCCAGAUUUCCUAUUCAUAUUGGCAUAUCUGGUUAUGUUGCUGCAACAGGAAAGACUUUAAAUAUUGCCAAUGCUUAUGAAGAUAACAGAUUCGACCCUUCAGUGGAUAUUGAUCCCAACUUUAAGACGAAGGCCAUCUUAUGCAUGCCAAUCAAAAAUGCUCACGGAAAAGUAAUUGGUGUCAGCCAGUUGAUCAACAAGCUGGAUGGUUCAAUUUUCAACAAGAACGAUGAAAAUCUGUUUGAGGCUUUUGCUAUAUUCUGUGGGUUAGGAAUCAACAACACGCAGACUUACGAGACAGUAAUGAAGGCGAUGGCUAAGCAGCGUAUAGCGCUGGAAUGUCUGUCUUAUCAUGCCUCGGCUCCAGCAGAUGAAGCCCGCAGACUUAAGUCAAUGGUUAUCCCCUCCACCUACACCUACAACCUGCUGGACUUCAGCUUCAGUGACUUUGGCUUGGAUGAUGAUGAUACACUGAAAGCCAGCAUCAGAAUGUUCAUAGAUCUCAAUCUCCUCGAAAGGUUCAGAAUCAACUACGAGACAUUUUGUCGUUGGCUGCUAAGUGUGAAGAAGAACUACAGAGAUGUGACCUAUCACAACUGGAGGCAUGCCUUCAAUGUCUGUCAAACAAUGUUCUGUAUGCUAAAAUCUGGUCAAAUGGACAACAUACUCACACAAACAGAAGAACUUGCUCUGAUCGUUGCCUGUCUGUGUCAUGAUCUGGAUCACCGCGGCACCAACAACCAGUUCCAGAUCAAGACAUCCUCCCCCUUGGCUGAUCUUUACUCUACCUCUACACUAGAACACCACCAUUUUGACCAGUGCAUCAUGAUUCUCAGUACAAAAGGCAAUGACAUUCUGGCUAACAUCAGACAAGAUGAGUAUGAAGAGGUCAUACAAGUGCUGGAGAAUGCCAUACUGGCCACAGAUCUGGCUCUGUACUUCAAGUUUAGAGGUGAAUUCUUCAACUUGGUGAAGAGCAGUGAGGCUGACUGGAAUCGAGAGCGGGAUCGAGAUCUGCUGAGAUCCAUGAUGAUGACUGCAUCAGAUGUGUCCGCCAUUACUAAGCCCUGGGAAGUACAGCUAAAGGUUGCUGAUCUGAUAGCCAGUGAAUUCUUUGAACAAGGAGACUUGGAAAAAUCACAGCUGAACAUAAAACCUGCAGAAAUGAUGGACAGAGAUAAAAAGGACCAUCUUCCUGAUAUGCAGGUUGGAUUCAUUGACUCCAUUUGUUUACCUGUGUACCAUGCUAUAGCUGAGAUUUCUCCCAGACUACAACCGUUGUUGGAUGGUUGUCAAAAGAAUCGACAAAACUGGCAGUGUAUGUCACAGCACAACAGCAAGCAUGUUGUUGAUGAAAGCAAAAAGGAAAAUGAAAGUAAGGAUGACAACAUUCAGGAUCAAAGUGAAAGUAUGGAUGAGAAAGCAAUGCACAGUGAAAGUGAAGAUGGAAAUCUUCAUCUCAUGGACAUUGAAAGUGGUGAAGAUUCAGAGGACAUAGCAGUUAGCUAAUGAAUGUUCAUUUAAACCAACCAAUUUAAAUUUAUUUUUAUAACUUUCUCAAGAGUCCCAUUGUAACUCAGUCUGUCUCAAAUGACCCCGGUCGUGUCUCAGGGUUGACUUAAGAAGUAUUUAAGGGUCUCUAGGUGGGUUAUCUGAGACAGGUUGAUAUAUAGCUGUAUAUGAAGUCCAGUGCAGGUUUUGUGACCAAUCCAUUAAAUCAGCCAUUGUGAUAUUUGCUUUUACCAUGCUAAUUAAUUUAUUUUAUUAAAUGUCAAUGCAUUUUCAUCAAAUUAUGUAUGAGAAAUCACCUUUCUUUGAGUGGUUGGUUUGAGUUUAAAGGCUUCAUUUUCAGUGAAAGUGAAGAAACUUUAAUACAAAUUAACAUACUAGUACAUCAUUUUUAUAAGGUUAUAAAUAUUUAAUAUGGUACUGGUAGUUGAAAAUUAUUUUCAGGUCAUGUAUUUUGCAUCAUAUACAGUUAAUCGCCAUUAUUAAUAUGCUGCCUUUUCGUUCUCAACAAUUAAUGUAUACCUAUAUUGCUUGCUUGGAAUUAAGGAAUUUUUUAAGAAUUUAAGAUUGUUUAAUUUUUUCAUUAUAAAUGGUAAAUGUGCUUAUUAUAAUACCAUAACUAUAUAAUCUGCACAGGGUAUAGAAAGAUAUUAUUGCUUUGCCUCCAUUUUUUAAUUUUCAGGUUAAUGUUCAGGUGUAUUUUUCAAAAUGAGUAGGGGUAUUGUUAAAGAUGAUAUUAUAAACUGUGUUCAGUUGAAUGAAUGAGAAAAAGCAAAGUAUCAUCAUUAAGUCAAUGUAUGUAUAUCUACAGUGAAGCUAUAUUUAUCUGGACCAGGACACUUAUAUAGUUUCAAAAAUGUAUUUUCAGCAAUUUGGCCUUUCGUACCAAUUGCAGUAGUGAUUAUUAAUGCUGUAUGAUAUGCAUAAAAAGUACAUCAACAGUUAAACUUUAUCUUGAAUUUAAUGGGACCAAAAUGAAACUUAAAGAUAUCUGAGGAUUUGAUAUAACAUUUUUAAAGAAAGCGUUUAGGACUGACAAUUCACUUCAGUAACUCCCUCAGUAUGGGAGAUACCCGUGUUUGAGUUAACACCUUAAAAAUAUGUUGUGACCAAGAAGGCACAUUAUUGUGGUCAUACAAAACCAAGUUCACUUUUGACUCUUUCUGAUCAUUAUAUUCUGAUUUGAGGUCAUACAGUAAACCACAGUUAGAGCAAUCUUAUAUUUGUAAUGACUUAAUUCACGCUCAUAGCAAAGAGAUAAUUUUCAUUCCCUCUCUCUAUAAAACAUACAUAUUAUGAACUAUUAUGAACCAAAAAUGCUUAUAACCAAUAAUUUUUCUUCCUUUUAUGACCUUUCCCUAUAUGUUUAAUUUAUGUUGUACUGUACACAGAUCUAAGAAAGUUGUUACUUUUGAUUUUUAAAGUUUGAGCCAUUAGGGGUAGAGUUUUAUCUACCAUAUAAUUUAAUAAUGUCUCUAUACCCAUUUAAUAGUGUUAUAGUCAUUUUAACUUAGUACCUUAGAAAACAAGAGGUCAUUUUUGGACUGAUGUAAUAUAUUGAAUGAAAUUGCUGCGGCUGUAAUGUUUAAUAUUGGUAUAUGGUUAAUUAGAUGAAGCUGCAUAGUGUAGGUGUGCUAAAAAGUCAUAAUCAAGUAAUAAAUGCAAACCCCAGCGAAGGUAAGAGUAAAUGGAUAUGGGAAUACAUGUAUUAAUUUCAAUUUUGCUAGAGUAAUUAAUUUAAUAGUCAAAUACAUAUAAAUUCACAAAACCAGUCCCAAGCAUUUUAUCAAAUUCUCAUUGAUUGUAUUAAUAAAUGUUUUAUGUCCUGUAUGUAAAUUUGUUCUUUGAAUUUAUUAUUUUUUUUAAUUACUGAUGCUGCUUGUUUGUCGAUAAAGUUAUGAUGUUUUUGUACGGUAUUCUCUAUGAAUUAGAACCAGAGGAUGAUUAUAGACAAAUCUUGUACUGAUGUAUUUUGAGCAAAAAAUUAUUGUAUUCUUUAAACCUAAAAGUGUAUUUAUUCUCAAAAAAUGAGAAAUAGUGUUGUUAGAUUUUAAUUUAUUUCCUUUGUUAUUAGGUACUAUGUAGUGUACUGCAUUGAGUAUUUUUUGUUAUUUGUUUUGGCAGCAAAUGGUAAUGAUGUUGUAUAAUAACUUUUGCCUUAUGUAUGGUAGGCAUUGUGAUUUUUUCUGUGAUACAUCAUUUUUUCUUACCCUUCCCAAAUAAAACAAUCAUGUUAAUCUG